ACUCUAGCUAUGUUUGCUGGGUUUGCUUGGCAUCGAAGAACAAAGCGCUCAAGCGGCACGAAUAGCGGUGUUAGCCACAAGCGCGAACCCGUGUCAACUCCAACACUACUAUCUACACCUCUCUGAGCCCGCGAGAGCGCUCAAAAGCGCCCAGCGGGCGUUUUGCUUGGGAUAUCAAAGUGGAGCUCCCUAUGACGCGCGGCGUCGUCUCCCAAAGGCCCUAAGCCUCAGGCGCGACCUGGUCACAACCCCGGCGGGCGGGCCACGCCGCUAGCCGCCCCAGCGCGCGCCCCCUGGCCACGUGCGGUGGCGGCGGCGCCCGCGCGAGCUACCAGUGACGCCCCGGCGGCGCCGCGCCACGCUUAGCCGCCCCGGCGCGCGCCUCCUGGCCGCGCGCGGCGGCGACGGCGCGCGGCGCGAACUACCACGCCCCGGUGUGCGGGUUAGCCGAUUUACCGCCCCGGCGCGCGCCUCAGGACUGGCCGCGCGAAGCGGCGCGCGCGGCGACACACAAACUCGCGUGCCGCGCGCUUCCGAACCGCGCGAAUAACAACACUCGACGGCGCAGGCACAAGCAACAUGCACAAGUUCGCGGCCACCGUCCUGGGCGGCCAUGAACCGUGCGCCUGCGACGCGAGUCGCUUGCGGAGCCAGCGCGGGCGGUGCGCCGCGUGCGCGCCCGUUACGACAUAAUGUGUUUUAAUCUUA